AGACAACACAAAAUCAAGAGCAAAAUAUGACAGCACCCAAGGUAGACUCUGAACUCGUCGACCUCUUAGCUAGCCUCAGGGGAGAGAAACCACUGCCGCUCUAUGAUGGCGCGGCCCCCUCUAUUAAUCCUGUCGACAUUUAUCGUUCUGUUAUCACCGAGGAACUUGCGAAAAUCGCUGAGCUAGACGCUAGCCUCAUUUACCCUGCACUCGAGUGGACAAGCACGCUUGAUAAAGGUGACCUAAUUCUGGCAGUUCCUCGAUUGCGAGUUAAAGGAUCACCUGUAGAAAAAGCUGCGAGUUGGGCAGCCGCGUUCUCGCUGAGCUCGCUGAUCAAACCUCCUGUCGCAACUGGCACAUUUCUGCGCUUUGAUUAUAACCCCGAUAUCCUUCCGAAAAUCAUCGUGAUUGAAUUCUCAAGUCCUAACAUCGCGAAGCAAUUCCAUGCGGGCCAUCUUAGGAGCACAAUCAUUGGAGGAUUUCCGUCGAAUCUUUAUGAAGGCGCCGGUUGGAAAACAGUUAGGAUGAAUUAUCUAGGUGAUUGGGGGAGGCAAUACGGUCUUCUUGCAGUAAGCUGGAAGAAGUAUGGCGAUCAGAAGGCUUUUCAUACCGAUCCAAUUGCACAUCUCUUCGACGUAUACGUUAAGAUUAGUGCAGAUUUUAAGCCGGAAGAGGAUGGAUUUAAGGCUGCUGGAAAGCGUGGGGAGGAUACAGCUAUUUUAGAGAGUCGGGGCUUGCUUGGAGAAGCCAAGGCAUAUUUCAAGCGCAUGGAGGACGGUGAUGAGGAGGCGCUAGCAUUGUGGCGAAAAUUCCGAGGUAUCAGUGUCGAAAAGGAAAUCAUGGAAAUGGCAGAACGAAUCCUACUUGAAAAGGGAAUUGCCGAACAAGACAAUGGUGCCGUACUUAUCGAUUUUAAAAAGCAUGGCGCGAAGAAGUUAGAUGUUGCAUUGGUUCGAAACCGGAACGGCACCUCUAACUAUCUACUACGCGAUAUUGGGGCGGCUAUACAAAGACACCACACUUACAAUAUGGACAAGAUGAUAUAUGUUGUCAUGAGUGAGCAGGAAGCGCAUUUGCAACGACUAUUCAAGAUAUUAGACUUGAUGGGUGGAGAAUAUGCGGCUUUGGCUAGGAAGAUACAACAUGUGACCUUUGGAAAGGUUAUGGGAAUGUCUACGCGUCGGGGUACUGUCAAGUUCCUUGACGAUAUUCUAAUCGACGUUGGUGAAGCUAUGCACAACGUUAUGCGCCGUAAUGAGAACAAAUACCGGCAGGUCGAUGACCCCGAGAAAGUUGCAGAUAUCCUAGGGAUAUCUGCUGUUAUGGUACAAGAUAUGUCUGGGAAGCGUAUCAAUAACUACCUAUUCAACAUUGGUCGGAUGACUUCGUUCGAAGGUGAUAUGGGGCCUUAUUUACAGUACGCCCACGCUCGACUCUGUUCUAUUCAACGAAAGGUCGCCCUUACUCAUGGCGAACUUUUGCAAGCCGACUUUUCCUUGCUAAACGAACCUCAUGCAAUUGGUUUAGUUCGACUUUUAGCUCAGUACCCAGAUGUCAUGGGUCAUACUUUCAAGACUCUCGAGCCUACUACUAUUCUCACUUAUCUUUUUCGCCUUACUCACCAGCUGAGUUCAAGUUACGACGUUCUGAGGGUCGUGGGAGCCCCGGAAGGUGUGGCGACGACUAUCGCCCGUGCCGCUCUCUAUGAAGCUGCCAGGAAAACAAUCCAUUGCGGAAUGAUAUUGCGAGGACUAAGCCCGGUGGAAAGGAUGUAACCCUCCUUCACGUCAUUAGAGAUACAUUUGUUGAGUUACAUUAUGGUAGCCGGAAGUCCUUCCAAUCGAAUUGAAACAUCGGCCACAACAAGAGCCGCAGAGAAAUUUCCAGAAUCAGUCGUGUCGACCAUAAUUGUGCUGGAGUUGGUGGACUGUGUCAAUCUUCAAUCACUCUUUCAUCGCCUGUAGCAGCCCCUUUUGGGCCACCAUGGUAAGUUAUGUAAAAGGGAAGGAGUUCAGGGAUGGCGUUUUGAGAUCUCAAAGGGAAGAAAGUAGAUAGUGGU